AUGCCGGUGGUCAGUGAUCCAGAUGCCUUGCUAUGCCUUCUCCUGCUCCUGGCCCCCCAUGGCACAGAGCAGGGGGGUCAUCCUCAACGCAGGUUUGAGUAUAAGCUCAGCUUCAAAGGCCCAAGGCUGGCGUUACCUGGGGCUGGAAUACCCUUCUGGAGCCAUCAUGGAGACACUAUCCUGGGCCUGGAAGAAGUGCGGCUGGCACCAUCCAUGAGGAACCGCAGUGGCGCCGUGUGGAGCAGGGCUUCCGUGCCCUUCUCUGCCUGGGAGGUAGAGAUGCAGAUGAGGGUUACUGGGCCAGGGCGCUGGGGAGCCCAGGGCAUGGCUGUGUGGUACACGCGGGACAGGGGCCACGUAGGCUCUCUUCUGGGGGGCUUAGCCUCAUGGGAUGGCAUCGGGAUCUUCUUCAACUCCUCUGCUGAGGAUAUCCAGAACAGCCCUGCCAUUCGUGUGCUGGCCAGUGACGGGCACAGCCCCUAUGAGCAACUUGGGGAUGGAGCCAGCUGGGUGCUGGGCUCCUGUCAUCGGGACUUCCGGAACCAGCCGCACCCCUUCCGAGUAAGGAUCACCUACUGGCAGCAGAGACUGCGCGUGUCCAACAGCGGCCUUACUCCCAGUGAUCCCUAUGAGGUCUGUGUGGAUGUGGGGCCCCUGCUUUUGGUCUCUGGAGGUUUCUUUGGGAUCUCAGCAGCCACUAGCACCCUGGCAGAAGGAUCCCACUGGGCAGAUGACCACGAUGUCCUAUCCUUCCUGACCUUCAGUCUGAGUGAGCCGAGCCCAGAGCCUUCCCCUCUGCCCUUCCUGGAGAUGGAGCAGCUCUACCUGGAGAGGCAGUUGGAAGGGCUGCAGGCAAGGCUGACUCUGGGCAGCAGGAAGGACAUUACUCCACAGCCAGCCUCUGAAGCACUAGGAGAUGAGGAAAGGCUCUUUGACCUGAAGGAGACACUGGACAGACACAGCCAGAUCCUCAGGGCUCUCCAGGGUCUCUCUCAGCAGUUGGCCCAGGCUGACAGGCAAUGGAAGCAGCAGAUGGGAGCCCCAGGCCAGGCCAGGCCUGAGGGAGGCUGGGCCCUAGACCCCUCCUGCCAGGUGCCAUCUGCCCCAGAAGAGGAUGGCCCCCUCUCCAGGUCACUCAACAAUGACUCUGUCAAAGUCAGUACCCUGCUCCGUGGACAGCAGACUCUGCUCCAAACCCUGCAAGAGAUGCGGGAUGCAGCUGCCCGCAUGGCCUCAGGAGCCCAGGUCUACCUGCCUGUGGGCACCGAGCAUCACUUCUCAGAGCUGGACCAGAUCCUGAGCCUUCUGCACAAGAAUCUUCGGAGCCCAGGGGAAGCAACCAAGGCUCCUGGUGCACCUGGCUGUACUCCAGGGACUUUCUUCUCAUGCCUGGGGCCAGGCAUCUUCCUGUUUUUCCUCCUCGUGCAGACUGCAGGCUUCUUCUGCUAUGUGUACUUCAGACAGGAGCUGGACAAGAGCCUUCAGGAGUGUUUGUCCACAAGCAGUCUUCCCCUGAGCUCGGCAGCACACAUCCCUCGGUCGCUAGGGGCUCUGAGGAGGCAGCCCCUACCUCCUGGCAUGCAUGCCUGA